AUGCAAAGGAAGGCUUGGAAAUUACCUUCCUUAUGUGCACUGCCUGUAGAGGAGUUUAUCGCGCACUCCCCUGGCACGGUUACCUGCCUGGCGAUGGGUCGGAAGUCGGCGCGGGUGAUGGCCACGGGCGGUGAGGACAGACGAGUGAAGUUGUGGGCCGUCGGGCGGCCAACGUGCAUAAUGAGCCUCGCCGGACACACCUCCUCGGUCGAGUCUGCUCAGUUCAGCCACAACGAGGACUGCAUGGCCGCUGGCUCCCUCUCCGGUUCCAUCCGCGUCUGGGAUCUUGAGGAGGCCAAGCUGGUUCGCGCGCUCUGUGGUCAUGUCUCGUCUGUGCUGUCGUUGGACUUUCACCCACACGGCAAUUUCGUCGCCUCGGGCUCAAUGGAUGCUACCGUGAAGCUCUGGGAUGUGUCGCGGAAGGGCUGUAUCAACACAUUUAGAGGACACACUGGCUGCGUCAAUAUGGUGCGUUUCUCUCCCGACGGCAAUUGGAUCGUGUCAGCUGGAGACGAUGGACGAGUUAAGGUGUGGGACCUCGCAGCGGGCAAACUGCUGGCCGAGCUCUCAGGGCACACCGCCCCAGUAACGGGCAUCGCCUACCACCCCACCGUCCUCCUGCUUGCCUCCGCGUCGGCCGACCGAACGGUGCGCGUCUUCGACCUCGAGACCUUCGCCCAGGUCUCCGUCAGCGGCAUCGAGUUGGCCGCCUCGGCGGUCCGUCGAAUCGCCUUCCACCCCGAGGGUCUUUGUCUCUACGUGGCCACCACCGAACAACUCAAGAUUUACAACCACGAGACGAUGUCCUGUCUGGAGACAGUUCAGGUUGGCUGGCGUGGUGGAGGCGGCCUGGUGGACAUGGCUGUGGCGCCGACCUUCAAUCAACUCGUGGGCGUCUCGUAUUCGGGCUCCACGGUGACCACGUACAUCGCCGACGUCAAGUCCUGCGUGCCCUUCUCGUCGCCCUCCCUCCACUCACCCUCGUCGCCGCAGGGCAUCAGCAUUGCCAAGGGCGUCCACAACCUCGUGCCGAGGCCCGUCGAAGAGCCUCCCCAAGCCAAUCAGCAGGUGGUCAGGUGCAAGGGCGAUGCGUCCCAGUCUGGCUCUGCUCUCCCGACCACCGGUCGAAAGUCGUUUUCCCUCAAGAGCGAAAGCAACAAACCCCGUGUUGUUCCAGACGACUCGAUAGUACCAGACGCCCCCUCGGACGUGGAGGAGUCGUGUCCAGUAAUUGACGACGUCGCCGCUUACAACCGCGUCUUCAAGCCGAAACGCACGAUUAAACGCAGUCCAAGCAGGCCCACUACGUGCCCUUCGCAACAACAGCAGCAGCCCACCGCGUCGACGACAAUCAACCCCCCGAACAAGCUCUUUCCCGCGACCCCCAGCGAAGACGACGACAGCGGUCCAUUCUGUCCACCGCCCGCCCAGCCACCUGCCAGUCUUCCCAACGAUGUCGAUAAGGUGACGUCGAAUCCACGCGACAGCAAUGUAGAAAUAUCCGACUUUCUGCCGAAUAAGACCCCGCCAACAGGAACGGCGGAUGGAAACGAUCCGUUCGCGGGCAUGUGGAGCAUGAUGGGUGACGGACCGAAGCCCACGCCUCCGCGCACCCUGGACGCCAAGUCCGGUGGUUGCGAGACCGCCAACGCCUCCAGCGAAGCCGCCGUCAUCCAGCGACUGCGGACGCCGCACAGCGCCUUCCUGUCGGUGCUCUCGACGCGCCACAAGAACCUCACCACCGUGCGGUUGAUGUGGCCGCGCGAGAACCUCAGGGCCGCCCUCGAGUCGGCCAUCCUCCUACAAGACCAGGCCGUCCUCGUCGAUGUCCUCCGGGUGCUUGUCUCGAAUAACAAACAGUGGAGCCUGGAUUUAGUCGCCCUGCUCCUGCCACAGCUGUCCAAACUCAUCUGGAGCAAGUACCCCGCUUACGUUGAGACAACGUGUCAGGCUGUGCGAAUAAUCCUGAAGAACUUCGCUACCCUCAUUCGACAAACCAUUAACACAGCACACGCGAUUGGCGUCGAUGUUACGCACGAGGAACGACAAGCAAAGUGCCGCGCCUGCUUGACCUCCUUGGAAUCCAUACGAUCGGCAUUCGACUCGAAAGACGUCGCCACCAAGGCUGGUCAGUACGGGCGAGAGGUCUAUGCGAUGUUUUCGUUACUCGAAUGA